ACUUAAACACCCCCUCCCUUUUUUUCCUUCUCUUUCCCGUUUAAAUUCCCGAAAACCCAAUGGAUUCCAAAACCCAGCCCUAACGAUUUCUCUCCGGCAUGAUGCGAUCCUCUUCUUCGAACUCCGAUGCUCUGUCCAACAUGGAUUCCCCUCAUUCUCCGCUCCGUUUCCACUCCCCUCUCCGAUCCGACCUGGGUGACCCGCCGGAAGUCGAGACCGAUUCCCCUCCUUACGGUUCCCCCGCUGGCUCCCCUGGGAAGCCCCCCGACAACUCCAAGGCGAUUGUCCUCGUCGAUGGUUACACCCAGUGCACUCCGGUCCACACCCCGCAGGCGCCGAAUGCGGGGAAAUCGACGCCGUUGACUGUGAGCCGUGCAGUGAAGGAAGAGGGUCCGGCGGCGACGACGACGAAGCUUAGCGGUGGUGGCGGUGGAGCAAGAGUUGUGACGGCGAUACUGAAGAGGUCGAAAGCUGAGGAGAUGGUGAAGAUCUCUGCUUUAGGGUUCCGAUUAAGCGAGGUCGUUUUGUGCUUGAUUUCAUUCUCUGUCAUGGCUGCUGAUAAGACUCAGGGCUGGAGUGGUGACUCCUAUGAUCGAUAUAAAGAAUACAGGUAUUGCUUAUCCGUAAAUGUAAUUGCAUUUGUAUAUUCAAGCUUCCAGGCAUACGAUCUAGCAUACUAUCUCAUCACAGAGAAACAUACUAUCCAUAACCGAUUUCGUUUUCCUUUUGAUUUCUUCAUGGAUCAAAAGUUGUGGUUAAACAUGGCACUUGGGCUUUAACCUUGAUACUCUUGUGUGCAGUUUAUUAUUCAUUGCUGGUCUAGUGUUAGCUUAUUCAGAUGUCCCUUCCUUCUGAUUUUUGUCAAGUUAAUUUCGCCUCCCUUUAAAUCCAGUUUUGUUUCUUAUCUUCUAUAGGUAUGGUCAUUAAGCGUGAGUAAUAAAUCUCUGUAGAUGAGUAAUAAAUCUCUGUAGAUGAAUUUUACUCUCUAUGACCACGAGGAGGCCAUAACUAGAACAUAAAUGCACACACAUUACGAAAAGAUAUGUUCUAAAGAAAAGUGCUUGCUUUCCUGGUUUAACUUGCAGAUACUGGCCUAUUUAUUGAUAUCAGCAGCAUCAGCGGCAGCCACUCGAGUUACUGACUGGGAAUCCAACUGGGGCAAAGAUGAGUUCACAGAGAUGGCAAGUGCCUCAGUCGCAAUGGCGUUUCUGGCUUUCAUUGCCUUUGCAUUUAGCUCUCUCAUCUCUGGGCACAACCUCUGUAUCAACAGUUCCUCGUGAUCUCACAAAUGCAGUUCAGUGUCACUAAGUUGCGGGGACUGAAAUCAAAGCAGGUCAGUUGCAUAUCCAAUUUUUAAUAUUGUACAGCAACAAACUACAUGUAUAUUUUUUCAGCAAAAAUGUGAACAAUUUAGAAUGUCCAAUAAAUAUACGCCCUUUUAUUGU